AUGCUCGUCAUUGGUUCCCAGCAAGAUGGUGCUUGCAUGGACCAACCUAGUGAUUAUCUCCGCUCACGGUGCCCACUCUGUUUUGGAGGGAAUGAUUGGCAACACGAAGCAAGAGAUUCUCUUCCUAUGCCAGAUGUUAUUGUUUGCAUUGACAUGUGCUUUACACAGAAACACUCUGCAAAUCCUCACGGUGCUACUGGCAGUGAUCCUCCUAACCCGACACCAUCUUUCUUUCUACUGACAGACAAUGUGAAAGCAAUGGAAGAUUUUGUUGAAAGGUGUCAUGGAGACAGAUGGCAAGCAAGGACCUCAAGGGCAGAACCUGAUGAAGAUAGCUAUGAGGAGGGCAUGUGCAUACCAGUAUCUGUCUUGAACAGAUGUGGUGACUCCUUCAUUGCUGCAGACGAAAAGUGGGAGAAGGCAAGUACUCGUUUCUUUACCAAUACUGGCCUCAUGGCACUGUUUGAAUUGGAGAGACUUGAGAGAUCAUACAGAGCCACAGUCAAUGCUGAGCGUAAACUUCAUGCAAAUACACAACACUCAAUCAAACGCCAAGAGCCUGGCAUCCUCAAAUUAAUUACUACCUACAAUGGUUUGUGCUCGCAACUAUGGUCUCUUAUUCAACAGCGGCGAGCACCCCCUUCUGCUGUUCCCCCUCAUAUCAUCCCAUGUGAUGGCAUCUUUCAGCUCAAUGUUGAUGAUGACAUCUGGCAAGAUGUUGGGCUAGAUGAUGACCCUCUGAACCCUCCAGCAUGGCUAUCAGAUGACAAGGUCAGGAAUGGUAUCUGGUUGCAACUUGAAGUUGACCGGUGCAAUGAGGAGGAGGCUCGACUGAUGCAGGAGAGGGCCAUCCUUCAAGAAUGGAUGUUAGCGGAGUGGGACAGUACACAAACUGCCUUGAAUAAAGCAGUUGCAGAUCCAGUGAUGUCUUUCCACCUUGGGUCUCAUGCAGAUGAACUUCUCAACAUCUGCAUCAUCUGGAAAAAAAAGGAUGAGGAUGAUGACGACAAGAGUUUGGAAGAAGAUAGAGAGGGUGAUGGAGAGAGUGACCUGGAGUAUGGCAAAAUUGAAGAUGAGGAACUGAUAAAUGCUAUUGAGGAGAUUGCAUUGGCAGAUGAAUAUAGGUAUGACCAGAAUAAGGAGCUCAUGGAUGACCUGGAUGACUUGGAUGACAUUGAUAAUGACUUCAUGCCUUCUUCCCCUAUAAAAUUGUUACACAAGCGGCACAACAUGUAG